ACUCGAUGAGGCUAGCGCGGCACUAGGCUUGUUUGGCGCGCAGACGUGCCUCUUUGAUUUGCGAGGCAACUUCGAAAUUUCAACUCCUGGCCGGGCUGCGUCUCUCCAUCAUCCUCACGCUCACCGUCGCGCCCCUUUGCAUGACCGCCCGCGCGAGCAGUACAAAGCCGACGCCUGCCCUCUAGCCCUCGUUGCUUGUGCUUCUCUCCCCUCUGUCCCUCCCCUCUCCUCCCUGCCGACCCUCCCUGACGCGCCUUCUCAUGCCUGUUGCAACGACCCCCUCUGCCUCGCCUCGUCCAUCCACGCUCGUGAAGAUGGAGGACAGGAAGAGACCCGCCAUCAGCGGCGCCGAAGACCUGGCUCCUCCCAGCAAGAGGGUUGCCAUCAAUGGGUCCAAGGCCAAGGACGAAAACACGGACAUGAAGGAAGAUACCUGGAUCGAAGUAAUGAUGUUGCUCAUUGCUUAGCGAGAGCAGUCAGCGGCUUCUUUGCUUUCCACAAAAAUAUCUUCAAUAAUCCGCUCUGCAUAUCCUUCACCCUACCGCGCGCUGCGUCCACCGCAUAUACAAAGGGAGCGAUAUAUCGGCAAAUGCAGGAGUACAGUCGUAAGGCGUCGACAGCCGAAUCGCGUCUAG